CAUGCCGCUGCAGCAGGCAUGGGAAUAAGCGGUACACAUAAACUGUGCAUACACUUUUUGACGUGCGAUAUUGUCCCGAAAGUAUUCGCUACACACCUCAGAAACGAAUGAUCUGUAAUAUAUUAGAGCUUUACCAACAUUUCGAGAGAUUAAAGGUCAGCGAUGAUUUUGAGACUGUCAAACAGGGCAUGUGUCCUCUCUGGGUCAGCUCGCCUCAAAAGCACUUUGUCAACCUACUUCGAUGAGACAGGAAAAGCUGGUAUCAUCCUAAAAUCUGCGUCAGCUGGCAUAUUUGAGAACCUGGCCUUAGAAGACUGGAUUCACGAUCACGUGGAUCUGCAAAACAGAAGCUUAUUGUUAUUAUGGAGAAAUUCCCCUGUGGUGGUCAUAGGCAGACAUCAAAACCCCUGGCAGGAGUGUAACCUUCCCUUGAUGAGGCGCUUGGGGAUCCCGCUAGCGAGACGUCGCAGUGGAGGUGGGACGGUUUUCCAUGAUUUUGGAAACAUCAACAUGACCUUCUUCACCUCCAAGAAGAAAUAUGACCGUCCCAGAAAUCUCAAAGUCGUUACUAGUGCAUUAAAAGCACUGAGACCAGAUCUAGAUGUCGCUGCAACAGACAGAUUUGAUAUUUUGUUGAAUGGGCAUUACAAGAUUUCAGGUACUGCUGCGAAAAUAGGCAGAACCUCAGCUUAUCAUCACUGUACAUUGCUCUGUUCUGUGGAUCGUUCAAUAUUGUCCUCAGUUCUGAAGAGUAACGCUUCUGAAGCCAUCAAGAGCAAUGCUACCCCAAGCGUUCCUUCCCCUGUCAAGAACCUUUCGGAUGUGGAUCCCACUCUAGACUCCGACACUAUCAUGGAGGCUAUUGCUUCCCGGUACAAUAAUGAAUUUGGCUUUGACAGCCCAGUCAUCACAGUUGACCCCACUCAUGAAGCUCUUAUGCCUGGCAUUCAUAAGAUGACACAGGAUAUUCAGAUGUGGGAGUGGAUUUAUGGCAAAACUCCCAAAUUCAGUGUUUGCACAUCUUUAGUUAUAGACAAUGUUGAUAUUAAGCUUGACAUGGACAUCAAAAAUGGUACUGUAGAAAAAUGUGCUGUGGAAAUCCCUGAAGACUGGCUUCCUCCAGAGAUGGUGAAUGAGUUAACGUCAACUCUCAAGGGCAGUAGAUACUGUCCCAGUGAAACUGCAGUGCUGGUGGCGGCGUUCAUGAGAACUCGUUCAGUGACCGCUGAUGUUGCUGAGAAGAUUCAUAGAUUGUGUGAAGGUGUGCUGUCAGUAAUGUGAAUAAAAAUGAAAUCACAAAUAUGAAUAUAAA